UUGGCGUACGGUGUGGGCGCCAACUUCCCCUCGCAGAAGGGCGUCACCGUGUCGUUGAAGGUGAACUACAUAGCCCCUGCUCUUGCUGAUCAUUUGUACAAGGUAGUGUGCACGACCACUAAGGUCGAAGGCCGCAAGGCGUGGAUCACCGGCGAGCUGUACCGGGUGGUCGAUGCCCAGGAGGAGCAAGGCAGCAAGGAGAACGUCGAGGUGGACGGCAAGGAGCGACUGGGCAACUUGAUGCUCUGUGCGCGCGCCGAGGCAUUGUUCAUCGAGCCUGCCUCGUACAAGGUGCGGUCGUCUGUGUCUGAGGACAAGCUGAAGAAGCCGGUGGAGUAG